GCGGUGAUUUCCUCAGGGGCUGGCGGCAGGCAGCAGGCUUUUAACGCCGAGAGCUAGCCUGGCCGCCUCCGGUGGUUUAGAAACCGGCUUUUCCGGCAGCUCUGCCGGGCUUGGAAAGCCAAGUUGUGCCACCCUUCUCGCUUGCCCAGAUCCCCGCGCCGGUGCUGGUCGCCUUGCAGUUGUCUUGCGGCUCUCUGGGAGCUGGCAGGAGUCGCUGGCGCAGGGCAGGUGCCGGCGUGGUCCCGCAUCCUGCGGCCGGCACGGCGGGGGAAUGAAAAGGGUUGAGUCACGCCAGCGGUGGGCAGGCAGCGCUCCAGAUCCCGUACCGCAAGAGAGCGGUGUCGGUGUCACGCAGGAGGCGCUCACGGAUAGAGAGAAAACCAGCUGCUAUCCCCGUUUUAUCUGCUUUUGCUUCCAAAGCGUGCUGUGUAGCACCUCUGCGAAAGAGUGUUUUAUUGGAAACGCUGACUUGCUCUCUUUAUCUGCCAUGCAAAGAAGCGUUGCUACAAGAAUGAGAGUUAGGGGAGAAAAAACUCCAGGUAGAGGUGGGUCUCAGAGCUCAGAUUCAGAUUCAUCUGCCACACCUGGAAAUGCCGUGGACAUGAACAACGAAGGCUCCUCAGAGGGCUUUAUUUGUCCUCUCUGUAUGAAGUCUCAUGGAUCAGCAGAGGAGCUGUUCAAGCACUAUGAAGCAGUUCAUAAUUCUGGCAUUGAUUCAACUCAUGGAGGGGAAGGUCAUCUGUCACCAGAAAGAGAUGAAGUAUCACUGCUCCGACAAGAAGUCCAAGACUUGCAAGCUUCACUGAAGGAGGAGAGAUGGUAUUCAGAAGAGCUGAAGAAGGAACUAGAGAAAUUGCAGGGGCAGCAGCAGCAAGAUUCUAAAUCUGAUGGACUGACAACAGCUACAUCUACAGAAUCAUUAAAACGGCAACUGGAAGAGAUCCAAGUAGAAAAUUUUAACAAUAAGCAAAUGAAAGACUUAUUUGAGCAAAAAGCAGCACAACUGGCCACUGAAAUUGUGGAUCUUAAAUCAAAGUAUGAUGAAGAAAUCAGCCUUCGGGAAGGUGCAGAACAGAAAGUGAUGAACCUGAGACAAGAACUGCAGAAAGAGAGAAGUACAGUAGAAGACUUAAAGACAGAGCUGCUACAAAGGCCUGGCGUGGAAGAUGUGUCUGUCCUGAAGAGAGAGCUGGUCCAAGUUCAAACACUGAUGGAUAAAAUGACCCUGGAACGUGAAAGAGAAUCCGAAAAGCUGAAAGAUGAGUGCAAGCACUUGCAGGCAGAGCAGGCUAACUCUGAGGCUACCAUUAACCAAUUAAGAGCUGAACUUGCCAAAGGACCUCAGGAGGUAGCUGUGUAUGUUCAGGAGCUGCAAAAACUUCAAAGUUCAGUCAAAGAGCUAGAACAGAAGAAUCAGAGUCUGACUGAGAAACUGGUGAAGAAAGAACAGGACUACACCCAGCUGGAAGAAAAACACAAUGAAGUAUCUGUGAGUAAGAAGAAUGUGCAGGCAAGUUUUCACCAGAAGGACCUGGACUGCCAACAGCUUCAGGCAAAGCUGUCUGCAUCUGAAGCCUCGAUACAGAGAUUACAGACAGAGCUAGGUGAGAAGGCAGAAGUGAGCCAGAAACUUAAAGAGGAGUUGUCUGAAGUAGAGACAAAGUACCAGCAUCUCAAGGCAGAAUGUAAACAGCUCCAGCAGCAGAGGGAGGAAAAAGAGCAGCAUGGCCUGCAACUCCAAAGUGAGCUCAGUCAGUUGCACAGUAAACUCCUAGAAACAGAGCGCCAGUUAGGGGAAGCGCAUGGGCGGCUCAAGGAACAGAGGCAGCUGUCCAGUGAGAAACUGAUGGACAAAGAGCAGCAGGUGGCUGACCUACAGUUAAAACUUUCUCGUGCUGAAGAGCAGCUAAAGGAAAAAGCAGCAAAUUCCACAGAAUUGCAACAUCAAUUAGAAAAGGCAAAGCAGCAGCACCAGGAGCAGCAGACACUUCAGCAAAAUACAACAGCAAAACUACGAGAAGCCCAGAAUGAUCUGGAGCAAGUACUACGACAAAUUGGAGAUAAGGACCAAAAAAUUCAAAAUCUUGAGGCUUUGCUUCAAAAAAGUAAGGACAACAUCUCUCUGCUGGAAAAGGAAAGAGAGGACUUAUAUGCAAAAAUUCAAGCUGGUGAAGGAGAAACUGCAGUUCUUAACCAGCUACAAGAGAAAAACCAUGCAUUACAAAUACAGGUAACUCAGCUAACAGAGAAGCUGAAGAAUCAAUCAGAAAGUCACAAACAAGCCCAAGAGAAUUUGCAUGAACAAGUGCAGGAGCAAAAGGCACACCUAAGAGCUGCUCAAGAUCGUGUGCUUUCCCUGGAAACAAACAUCACUGAACUAACCAGUCAGUUAAAUGAAAGUAAAGAGAAGGUGUCACAACUUGAUGUGCAGGUAAAAGCAAAGACUGAAUUGCUACUUUCAGCAGAAGCAUCAAAAGCUGCUCAGAGAGCAGAUCUACAGAACCAUCUGGACACUGCCCAAAAUGCACUGCAAGAUAAACAACAGGAGUUAAAUAAGGUCAGUGUUCAGUUGGAUCAGGUUACAGCUAAGCUGAAUGACAAGCAGGAAUAUUGUACUCAGCUUGAAGCCAGUCUUAAAGAGUACAAAGAAAAAUACCUUUCUUUAGAACAGAAAACUGAAGAACUAGAGGCACAGCUUAAGAAACUUGAAGGUGAUGUUCUUGAUGCUAGAGCAAGUAAAGACCAAGCUCUUCAGGAGUUACAGGAACAGCGACAUCAGUCUAAAGAAUUAGACCUCCGGACAGCAGAACUGAGUAAACAACUUGAAGAAGCAAGAGAAGCGAUGUCUAAUGCUCAGAUGCAUUUGCAGAAGAAAUCUGAGGCCCUUGACCAAGCAAACCAACAAAUUUCAAAGCAGGAGGCAGAAAAUGCCAGUCUCAAACAAAACUUUGAGAAAUCAAAUCAAGAUACAAGUAAACAGCUCAAGGAACUUGAUUGUAAAAUGCAAGCAGCCACAUCAGAGCUGCAACAAGUGAAAUUAGAGAAGGACACUCUAUUAAAAGACCUUACAGAUACCAAAGAUAAGCUCUCAAAAAGCUCUGAAUCCUUCAAAAAAAGAAAGGAGGAAUUAGAAAAAGAAAUUAAAAAAGGAAAAGCAGCUAUGGCAGAAAUGGAAAAAUCUUGCCAAGAAUUAAAACACCAACUUCAGAUACAAACAGAGUCUGUAGCUAAAGAGAGGAAUGAAUUAAAAAACUCACUGGAGAAAAAGGAGGGGAUUUCUAAGCAGUUGUCUAUAGACCUUGAUUCAGCAAGAGCACAAGUACUGGAAAUCCAGGGUCUUCUGAAGGAAAAAGAAAAAAGUGAGCAACAUCUCCAGGGAAAGCUGAGAGAGUUAAAGGAAUCUUUUGAGCAGAAGAAAAAACAUAGUGACACACUGCAAGCUGAAUUGAAAACUGCCCUUUUAGAAAAGGCAGAGCUGGAGAAUAAACUACAACAGCAAUCUAUUUUGUCAGCACAGGAGCUUAAAGCAGAGAAAGGCAAACUAGCAGACUUACAGAAGGCCCAUGAUAAACAUAAAGAAAACAUGGAGAAGCUGCAAUUGGAUUUUUAUGGGAAAGAGUCUGAGCUGCUGGCAACUAGGCAAGACCUUAAGUCCACAGAAGAAAAGCUUGCUCUAGCUCAAGAAGAAAUAGUUUCCAGCAGGAAUCAAAUUGCUAACAAUAAUCAACAGAUUCAGGAACUGAAGAAAGCUAAGUCCACACUGGAGCAGGAUGCAUCAAGGAAAGAGCAGCAGCUGGGUGAGAAGACCAAAAUGCUACAAGAUCUUCAGAAUGACAGGAUUUUGAAAGAAAAAGAUUUGGCUAAUGAAAAAUGUAAAACGACAGAGCUCCAGGAAAUAAAGAGUAGACUUGAAAAAGAAAGUGCCAAGCUGGGUGAAGAGCUUAGAGCCUCCAAGCAAGAAUUUGAGAAGGAGGUGACAAAUCUCAAGCAUGCAAACCAGCUAUUGAUUCAGCAGAAAUUAGAACUGCAGGGCAAAAUAGAUAAUGCGAACUCAACUCUGGAACAGGAGAAACAAAAGCAUCAAGCUGUCAAAGAUCAACUGAAAAAGAGAGAAGAGGAGCUGAAGAAAGAGUGUGCUGAAGUUGAAGCCAAACUGCACACUGAGAAAAAAGACAAAGAAGAAGAAAAAAGGAAACAUGAGGAAAAGGAGACCAAGCUCACCAUGCAGGUCACAGCCCUGAAUGAAAACCUGGCUACCAUGAAGAAAGAGUGGCAAAGCAGUCAAAGACGAGUGAGUGAGCUGGAGAAACAGACAGAUGAUUUACGUGGGGACAAUGCUGUCUUAGAAGCAACAGUCCAGAAUAAUCAGGAUGAGAGAAGGGCAUUGCUGGAGAGGUGUAUAAAAAGUGAGGGAGAAAUUGAAAAGCUUCAAGCCAAACUUGUAGAAAUGAAGAAAAAGCUGGACAAUACAACUGCUGCAAUGCAGGAACUUGGCCGAGAAAACCAGUCAUUGCAGAUCAAACACACACAAGCUCUCAACAGGAAGUGGGCAGAAGACAAUGAGGUACAGAAUUGUAUGGCCUGUGGAAAAGGCUUUUCGGUCACAGUAAGAAGGCAUCACUGUAGACAGUGUGGAAAUAUCUUUUGUGCCGAGUGCUCAGCAAAGAAUGCCUUAACUCCUUCUUCCAAGAAGCCUGUCCGAGUCUGUGAUACUUGCUUUAAUGACUUGCAAGGAUAACUGGCUAUCGUUGAAAGAAGAGAAUAAAAGUGAUGAGUCACAGUAGGAAAAGUGGCUGUCUGGAGAUGAAGAGACAAAAGGAAUUUUCUGCUGCAGCUUCCAACAGAGGCAAGAGGUUUAGAGUGAUCUCAUUUUUCAGCUGGCUUCACUCUGGCACAAGAUUCCAAGGCUGUAGGGUGCAAUGUGGAUAUUUUGCCUCUGAUUUUGGAAGGUAUCAAAUAACCAAGUUGUCAUGGAGUGUGGAGCACAAGGUACACAAGAACAAUGAGUAACUACAUUUGUUGGCUUUGGGACCAUUAGGAUUGUUUGUGAAUCCUCGCUGGAAAAGCUUUCUUAUUAGUGAAGCAAGAAGGGACUUGGGAGCAGAAGCAUGAAGCAACUUCUUGAUGUUUGCAUUACAUGAGCCAGAACAAUUGAGCUUCUCAUGCUAGAUGUAGGAGAAGUAACAUUCAUAAAGGGACCUGGAAAAUGGAACCGUUUUUCUGGAUUGUUAAUUGUCACUUAACCAUGGAGUGGGAACAGAGGCUUGUUGCAAAACUUAAAAAAAAUUAUGGCCUGAUGGACAGAAAAAUGCUGGAGCUGAAGUUCAAAUAGAAUCUAAACUAUGCCAAGAAGAAUGAUAUCAUGGUUUCAGCAUGCUGAAACUGAUAAAUUACUCUUCCAGAUAUCACCCCUCCUGGUCUCAUAGUCUCAGAGAACUAGGAAACAACCCUGUCAUUUGCACUGUGCACUUUUUGCUGCCUAAGAGAAUCUACAGUAAGUGGAAUGGUGUCACGUGCAUUGCAUGUACUAGCUGUAGUCAUUGGACAGCAGUUUUAAAAUCAACUGGAUUUUUCACUGUAUACAUUUGGCCCUAAGGAGAAUUGCACUCACAGUUCCUUUUACCAAAAAUACAAUCAUUGUCUGAGAGCACAUAUAAACACUAACCAUGUUAGUGACACACAUGUCUUUGUAGAAUUCAAUUUUAAGAUUAUAAAAUGGAAAAAAAAAAAAAAAUAAUUUUAUGUGUUUGCAAGGAUCUUGCCAGUUGUCCAUUUCUUUUGAAGUCUGGACUUCAGCAUCACUUUUAGAGUAAGUUUAAAAUUAUCGUCUAAACACAGCUUCUCCAAAAGCAUUAAUUGAUGUACUUUUCAAAACCAGCUAUAAUUGCAUAUAAGUCCUGCCACGGAAAUGUGGUUUUUGAGGUAUUUUUUCUGUUUCUUUAUGAAGGGUUACUGAAUAAAAAAGUUUGCAUGUUUAGAGAGAACAUUAGAUACCACUUAAGUUCACAAUAAUGAAGAGCCUAGGUACUGGUAAUGUAAUAAACUCUCCCUAUUGUCCGUAGCUCUCCACAUACUGCGCACUCACUUAUGCAGUGGAUAGAGAAGUGUGUGUGCAUUUAGAGAUUGGUGAAGCCCUGCUACCCUGUUGGAUCAAUGUUGUAUGAAAGCAGGAGCCUGGAAGGCACAUUUUCUAAUUUUCCCUCCCCCUGUGACUGAAACUGAACACUAAAACCAAAUUCGUCUGUAUUUACUGCUUUUUUUUUGGGUAAAGAGGGCUAGGAAAGGAUGUUCAUUGUUAUAUGUCAACAAAUCAGUGCUGGCAGGUCCAGGCUACUGCUGUUGGCUUCAUGACUUCAUGGCAAAGUCCUCCAUUGUAUGAUGCUGGAGCUUGAUUUCUGGCACAAAAGGGAUGUUUGAAAGAACGUCUCACUGGGUUAGCAAAUACCAGAACUUUUUAUAGUAAUAUGUCCAAAAUGCUGCUUGUAUAGAAAUAGUCACUUUUGUAAGAAAAGAAAAAAAGUCACACCCCCUGCCUCCCCAUUUGAUGCCAUUACAUAAGAUUUAAUUUAAGCUACCUCUUAAUGUGUGAAAUUCAAACAUUAGGUAAGUUUAAUAAGUUUUUCUCACUGUCAUGUUAUGUAAAAGUUAUAGUGAAUGCCAAAAUUGCAAAAGUUUAUCACCAAAAAGGAAAAGAGUCAAGGCUUUCUUUUUUUUAAUGUGAAUUUGAAAAUAUCUAACAGAAUCAAGUUACUGUAAAUUCUCUUAAAUUCAACUUCUGUAGUUUCAUCCUUGCAAACUCUAGUUUCUGGACAGGAAAUAAGUUAUAACCACAAGCUUUCAUAAUUAUGGUUGACUGAGUAAAGCCAAUUUUGUAUGGAGCUUUGUUGUUUGGAUACAGAUUUCCUCAGUCACCAAAUGUACCAUUCAUUUGGUUGUGUUUUUGUUCUUCAGUACUGGAGAUGUGAACUUGAUAAAUGGUGUUCUGUAAUGGAUACGUGCCACAAAUUACAUGGUCUCAUUUGCCUCUUUUCUAACUUUUAAUGAUCGGUUUAUUAUUGCAGAUGUGAAUAUUGUUUAUACAGCCUAAUUUCUGUAUAAUUGUAUAAAAUAUAAAUGGAAAAAAUAUAAGUUUUUACUUGUUAUUUAGAAGUAAUGUAUUAUAAAAGACUUAUGUUUCAGUUUUACUUACAGAGUACUGUACUUCUGAACUGGAUCCUGCCAUCUUGGUAGGUGUAGAUAGAUUUUUUUUUUGCAUGAGUCUGUUUUGGUUUUAUUUCUUUUUAAUUGAAGUUUUAUUCUCUUAAGUUUUUCAGUGUUUGUGUUUACUACUUGUGAUCAUGUAGUUGUGCCUUACAUUGUGAAAGAAUUUAGUCCAGUGUGCACUGUAAUUCUUAAACUCUGUGAUCUGGAAGGUGGCUGUGGAUUUGAAUGGGAAAGUGACACCAUGCAUCAACAGGUUCUAUAUAAACUAUGAUGAAUUGUUGCUGAAAUGUCAUUUUUGUUUUAUAAUCUG